AUGAGCGCGAAACGACACAAGGGAGUGCUGAAGAUCCUGGACGAGCUUGAAGCCACCAUCGUCAAAGGCACAGUGAAAACCGCUACCGAUGUGACUUUCCCUGCCAAGGCAUGCGCUACUGGGAAGGGUAAAGAUUGCGUAUCCAGGGAUCAAGGGGAGCAGCAGAAGCAGGGGAUUGGCAUGCUAGGGGCUGAGGCGGAGGCUUGCGCAUGGGCGAUGGGGAUGGUGAAUGGAGGGGUGGAAGAAGAGGAAGAUUCGCUAGAGAUGGGAGGGAUGGAUGGGAUGGACAUGGGAGAGGGAGGCAUGAAAAGAGUGUUGCUGGGGGAAGAAGUGGAAGGAGAUGAGGUAGAGGGGGUGGAAGAAGUGGUUUUGCAGAGGAACUGUGGGGAGAGGAGUGGGAAAGGCGGUGAUGGGUUGGGAGUUAAGGAGGAUGUUACCGGUUUGGAGGGUUGUGAUAACGUUGAACGCCGUGGUUGUAGAGACAGGGUGAGGGAGAGAGGGGAGGAGGUGGGGGAGGAAGAGGAGGAGUGGGAGAGAAGGGAGGCGAAGAGGGAAGGGGAGGAGGAGAAGCAGCUUAAGUGUACUGCUGCUACGAUGGAGCAUGCACUAGUUCUGGAGGCAUGGGAGGCGACGUUCAGUGCUGUCAACGCGCGUGGCAUCGCAACAGUGCAGCAUCAAAAGGUGCUGCGUGUUCGCAUGCGCGCCCAACCCCACCGCCCUGUGCAAGUGCUUCUCCGUGACGACUGGCUGGACGUGCCUGUGUCAGCCGGUGACACUGUGGCGCUCAUCGGCGGGCAACCCCAGACUAAAGAGCAGGCAGCAGGAGCAGGGGCAGCAGGAGCAGGGGCAGCAGCAGAGGAAGGGGAAGAGGAGAGGGUGGUGAUUGUGGACGUUAACAACGGCAUGCUCAUCCUGCAUCCAGAUGUCCUUAUCUCUGGCUCUCGGCCAUCCCCCCCAUCUUCUCUCCCCACGCUCUCAACCAACCUCAACCCAAACCAUGCCUGUCAGGUGGGGGGGCAGCUUUGCGUGUGGCCGAAGGGCGGUGCUGGAGGAGAGAGCCAGGCAGAGGGACGUGGGGGGCAGCUUUGCGUGUGGGCGGAGGGCGGUGCUGGAGGAGAGAGUGCGGCAGAGGGACGUCACUGCGCCAGCCCUGCGAGGGACAAUGCUGCAUCAGCUGGUGCAGAGGACGAAGCGUGGGCAUUGCAGCAGCUGCAGGAGGCGGUUCCCACUGUGCUCUCCUGGGUGCACCAGUUCCUCUACCCCAAGUCUAGCGCCCUGGCGGCUGUACCAUUUGGCAAUAGAGGCGAGCAGCGGCACAUGCGACUGGCCAAGGUGGUGGACAUAGAGGAGACCGUGUGGAGCCCGAGGCUGGGCCUCAAAGGGCGUCUGGACGUGUCAGUGCGUGUGGCAGUGCGCAACAAGGGAAAGGAAGUGGCGGGUGUGGGGGGAAGGAUGGGGGGCCAGCAGGGAGCGCGGGCAGGAGCGGGGAGGUGGAAGGGGAAAGCGAGUGGCGGGGGUGGGAAGGGAGGGGAUGCGGAGGGGGAGGAGAUGGUGAUGAUGCCUCUGGAGGUGAAGACUGGGAGGAGUAGCUCCAACCAGGGCGCAGGUGAUGCUGUACUGCCUGCUCAUGGCAGAGCGAGCGCUACCAGCCAACCUGGGCGCAUCCCUUGCCCUUGCCCUUACUGUUACCACGUAAACGCCUCCCCCCCCUCUUCCCCCCCGCCUGCCUCUCUUAAACUGCCCCUUCCAGGCGGCCAUAGAGCAGAGGGCGCAGGUGCUGCUGUACUGCCUGCUCAUGGCAGAGCGGCGGCCAUGGAGCACAGGGCGCAGGUGAUGCUGUACUGCCUGCUCAUGGCAGAGCGAGCGCUACCAGCCAACCUGGGCGCAUCCCUUGCCCUUGCUCUUAUUGUUGCCACACAAACACACCCUCCUCCCACUCCCUCCCAGGCGGCCAUAGAGCACAGGGCGCAGGUGAUGCUUUACUGCUUGCUCAUGGCAGAGCGGUACCAGCAGGGCGUGAGUACAGGGCUGCUGCUCAACCUGCACAACAGCACCACCACCGUGAAUGUGAGAGGCAUCGAGAGCAUGCCAGCAGGGGUGAUUCCAGGGCUGGGCAUUCAAGUGAGUCGCAGGGAGCUGGUGGGCUUGAUCAUCCGGCGGAACAUCCUGGCCAACGACUUGAAAAGAGCUUCGGCGUAUCAGGAGCUGCCACCUGUCCUCGAGAGUGUGAACCAGUGCAACAACUGCAGCCAAUUCGACGUGUGCUCGUCAUACUUCAAGCUUCAGGACCACACACACCCUGCCUCUGACCCUUCAGCCUUCGCAGAGGAGGUGGCAAAGAGGCGAGGCGAGCAGUGGGGCGAGAAGGAUGCGCAGUUCUUGAGUCACUGGGAGCGACUGGUGGAUAUGGAGACGAACAGUGCAGUUGCCUCUCAUGCUGACAUCUGGGCCAUGCCCACGGAGGAGCGAGAGGCCACCGGGCGCUGCAUUGGUCCCCUGCAGCUCGCCUCAAUCAAACCACCUGAAGGAGUGUUAGAAGCAGCAGCAGAUGCAAGAGCAGGUGGAGCAGGAGCAGGAGCAGGAGCAGCAGGAGCAGGGGUGGGAACGGCAGGAGGGGGUGGGUGUACUCAAAUAGUGGGCACGGCGGCAGCUGCUGUGUUGGCGGAUGGGCGGAUAGGGCAGUCGAGGGACCAGUGGGAGUAUACGUUCAAGAGAGCCUGGAGCAUACAGAACUGCAGCAACAGCAGCAGUGGUGGUGGUGGUGGUGGUGGUGGUGGGGGGAGUCAGAGUGGGAGUGGAAGGUUGGACCAGACAGGCUUUGCUGCUGGCGACUAUGUGCCUCCCCAGUUCUCCCCGCCUGAGGACAUCCAUCCAGACAGCAUGGCGUAUCUUUCCUCCCUAUCACCCCGAGAGAUUAACGAUGAUCAGAAGCAAGCAGUCAUUAAGGCCAUGUCAGCACGGGACUACCUGGUGGUGCAGGGCGGGCCAGGUGCAGGCAAGAGCACGGCGGUGGUGCAUCUGGUGAAGGCGUUAGCUGCUGGGGGGCGGUCAGUACUGGUGGCUGCUCACACCAACACGGCUGUCGACCACAUUCUCCUGAAGCUCAUGAAAAAGGGAGUGGCGGUGCUGCGUGUGGGGAGGCCUGCAGCUGUGCACCCGGACCUGCUGCCUUACACUCUCAACGACAGAGGAGGAGGCAUGGACGUGGGCAGUGUAGCGGGCAUGGAGGCAGUGGGCCUGGGCGCGUCAGUGGUGGGGUGCACGUGUCUGGGCGUGGGGUGCUCUCUUCCCUACCCUGCCCUGACGCCCUUCCAUGUGCUUCAUCUCACGCUCUUUCCAAGUUUCCCUCGCCCUAUCCCAUCCUCAGGAGGAGGCAUGGACGUGGGCAGUGUAGCAGGCAUGGAGGCUGUGGGGCUGGGCGCGUCAGUGGUGGGGUGCACGUGCCUAGGGGGCGCCCUGGGUGGUCCGGUUUGCCUGGGCGUGGGGCAGUCACUCUUCGCCCGCAAGCGCUUUGACGUGGCUAUACUGGACGAGGCGGGGCAGACGACCCUGCCGGACCCCAGGGCGCGGCAGCAGGGGCUGGGGGUGAGUCUGCUGCAGCGGCUGGCAGAGGCGCAUCCAGAGGCAGUGGCGCAUCUGAGCACGCAGUACCGCAUGUGCCGCCCCGUCAUGGCUCUCGCCAAUGAGCUCGUGUACGAGGGGCGCUUGAAGUGCGGGUCCGAGGUUGUCAGCAACGCCAGGCUGGUCCUGCCGAAGCUAGACUCGGUCCUGGGCAUGGGGACGGGAACAGGGCAGACGAAGGGGGGUCUGCCUCUGUGGCUACAGCAGGUGGUUGAUCCAGAAAAACGGCUGCUCUUUCUUGACACAGCUGAAGUGGAGGGCAUGCAGGAAACCCGCGAGAAGGAGUCAACGUGCAACGAGGGCGAGGCAGCAAUAGUGGCGCGGAUAGUGGCGUCACUAGUAGCGGCAGGGCUGCCCGCGUGUGACAUUGGCGUCGCCACGGUGUACAACGCGCAGGAAACCAGGGAGAAGGAGUCGACGUGCAACGAGGGAGAGGCGACAAUUGUGGCGCGAAUAGUGGCCUCCCUAAUAGCAGCAGGGCUGCCUGCGUGUGACAUCGGCGUGGCCACGGUGUACAACGCGCAAGUCAAGGCACAGAGAGCUGCUCUGACGAGAGUCUUCGGGCGAGGGGGAGGAGGGGGAGGGAGCAGCGGUGGUGAUGGGGGAGAAGAGGGCGUCAAGGGGGCGUGGGUUAACGGAGGGAGCGGGAAAGUGGACGCGAAGGGGGGUGUGGCAGGGGGAAGGGAGGGGGGAGUGGGUGGGGAGGUGGAGGUGGAUACAGUGGAUCGGUUUCAAGGGCGGGACAAGGCGUGUGUGGUGUUCAGCACGGUGCGGUGCAACCGGCGCGGCCAGCUGGGGCCCGUGCUGGCGGAUCCGAGCCGCUGCAACGUCGCCAUCACACGAGCCAAGGUAGGAUGA